AUGGCCUUCUUGAACCCCUCCGCCGAGCCCUUUACCCCUCCCAAGCUUGACAGUACCGCGGUAUCCGAUGCGGUCAAUGAGCUACCGCCAAUUGACGGCGCCGAGGGGUUCUCGCUCAAUGAGCUAUUCGCCGCCCUGCUUCCCCACCACCAGCUGCGAUUCGAACGCGGGAACGUCAAGGUGUACAAGCCAAAGAAUCGAGCCCAUAAUAUCUCCUACGUCGUCAUUCAAGGAGAUGGAUCAGUCGAAUCACGCUCGAGACUGAGGCGAGAAGUCGAAUUCUUGAAAAGUGACCCCUUAAUCACGCGCAAGCAUGUCAAGAUCAUCGCUGAGAUUGUAGAAUUGGAGACCGCUCCCGACCACUCUCAUCCUUCCAUCCGGGGUCACGUCGCUGUUCUGGACGAUCCGGGCUACCCACCGGUCAGAAUGCUGAGGGAUGACGGCCGUCCGCUCGAUGCCUAUCAGAACCUGUAUGAGGACCGUCGACUCCCCGAAGCUACAGUCAAGAGUCUUAUGACCCAGCUACUCUCGGGACUGGAGUGGAUCCACUCGAAAGGCAUCAUUCAUCGGGAAAUCCAGCCUAAGCGGCUCAUCGUCGAGGACGAUGAGAAUGGCGACGCAACCCUCAAGUUAUCGGAUUUCGGAAGGGCCAUCAAUGCGAGCGAAGUCAAUGAGCGAUACUUGCAAGGCAUCCCUUAUUACAGGCCGCCCGACGUCCAUCUCGGCUCCAUCUCAUAUGGGACAGAGUAUGACAUCUGGAGUGCCGGGUGCAUAUACACUGAGAUGCUUCGAGGGGAGCCGCUCUUUCAGAGCAGACGGCGUCAUCUCAUCAAACAGGUAAUCGGGGUAUUCGAUUUCCGGGGGUCCCAUCAGGAGCUCGAACGUAGCCGCCGACUGGCAGCUCUGCCUUGGUCUGUGGAAGACGCGUCGUGGCCGUGGUACACUCCGAAGGGCUACACCGAUAUCCUUGGUAGAUUCUGGAAUCCGACCUCUGCGGCCUUCUUGAACGGCUUCCUGCAAUUCGACCCCGAAGCCCGAGUCUCAGCGACCGAUGCCCUCAAAUCCCCAUACAUCCUUAAGAAACCGAUCCAGAUCGCUAAACCCUCCGCGCCUCACAUGAAGAUCGAGGAAGAACAGCAAGAGCUUGAAGCGCCACAAACCGAUUCGUCUCCCGUUAUGGUCGAUUCCGACCAAGACAUUUCGCUGAUCGGGUUGGACGAGGCGAAGGAGGUGGAUGGGAUCACCGAAACGCUGGAGUCACUCUUAGGGCUGUGCUAG